AUGGAUUCUUCUCCUGAACCGGGCACCAGUAGUUUUUUUUUUCAGUAUGAGGAAGAGGAAGAGGCCAUGCGAAAGGCAUUGGAGGAGUCUUUGCUUGAUUCUCGCCGGGUAAUUGAGUUUACUGUUACAUGUUUUACGCUAAUAAAGGAGCCAAAGAAAUGAAAAUAAAGUAACCCUGAUGGUCUCGAAUUUAUUACCCAUGGGUUUGAUGUUGAUAUAUAGGCUACCGACGGAAAUGUAUGUUAAGAAAUAAUAGAACCUGGAAAACGGUCAUGAUAGUCAAGAGGUGACAUAUUCUUUUUUUCCCAUCGUGACUGCUGUCAUGCAUUUCAUGCACAGACAUUACCUUGCUUUGCUUCUCUUUUGGUAGGAUGUAUACAUUGACUCUGAUGGUCUCGAAGUAAUCACUCCUGGCUUUGGUGAGAGAAAAGCGAUGGUAAGCAUGUCUUUGCUUUUUUUGAGUUAA